AAAUAAAACGAAACAAUAGGUUACUAUUACACUGACUACUUUAUUAUGUCGCGAACGCUACCAAAAAAGCAAAACUAUCCCUUUUGAUGCCGAGGCCAGAAUAUACGAGGCGUACCUGAACGCAGCAGGAAAAGUUGUCAGUGGGAAGGCUUCAAGAUGGUGAAAUUUGGGCUUCAGUUUAAAGCCACUCUGGAGAACGUCACCAACGUGAGACCGUUGGGCGAGGACUUCCGCUGGUUCCUGAAGCUGAAGUGUGGGAACUGUGGUGAGAUCCCAGAUAAAUGGCAGUAUGUUACCCUGAUGGAGAGUGUGCCACUAAAAGGAGGUAGAGGCAGUGCCAGCAUGGUGCAAAAGUGUAAACUUUGUGCCAGAGAAAAUUCAAUCGAUAUCUUGGGAGACACAAUCACGCCUUAUAAUGGCGAGGACAGUGAAAGGUUCAAAACUAUGGUGCAGUUUGAGUGUCGAGGUCUGGAGCCUGUUGACUUCCAACCACAAGCUGGCUUUGCUGCAGAGGGAGCAGAGUCGGGGACACCGUUUCCUGAAAUAAACCUACAAGAAAAAGACUGGACAGACUAUGAUGAGAAAGUCAGCGAGUCAGUGGGAAUAUAUGAGGUCACACACCAGUUCAUCAAGUGCUGAUGUCACCAUGUGAUGAGCCUCAGAGAUGGGCGAAUGAACACUACGGCCAAACAUCUUCAGGCUUGUUUCAUGGCAACAAGGAUGCUUCAGAUGCUGAGGUGGCUUGGUUCGGUUGAUGGUGAACAUUAAGAGGUGUGGAUUAACAGCACAGGUUGUCCAUAAACACGUCUUGGAUUGAUCAGCGUGCUCGACAGACUUUUUUUCACUGCCUCAAUAAAAUUGAAGGGUGAAAAUUU